UGACGUCUGGCCUGUGCGAGUUAGGCCAGACCCAGGAUACGGAAGGAGCGAAAACAUCGAUCGGAAAGAAAGCAUGGCGCGUAUGGUGUGGCAUUGUGACUCUAGCUGCUGGGUUUCCAACUAACGGGUAACACUGACCAGCGCUUCAUUUGAAAGUACUUCAAACUCACGGGAUCAUGGAAGACGUUCCUGUCUGUCACAAACGAAAGAGGGAUCCGUCACCGAACGCACAGAACGCAAAGAGACCAGCGAGGGAGACCGGGUGCAACGGAGCGCCUCAACCCGAGUGUCUUUCCCGGUCCCGGCGCCCACCACGUCUCUCUGCCCCAUUCGACCGAAUCCAAGAGCCGGUCACGUUAAAUGAGCUCACGGAGCUGCUACAUUUCGCUUUAUUAGGGAAAACAGUCAGAGUCAAACAACCCAGCUGGUGUCGGUUGCGCGGACAGAGCCGGUUGGCGGGGGUGAACGUGGUGGUUUUGGAGGGGAUGACUCGGGACCUGUUUUACGCACACUAUCUGCAGUUCCCUCACCUCCGGAGCGCAUUCCGCACGAGAUGCAGCUUCACUCCAUCGCCUGGCAGCAGCAUCUGCUCCAUCUUCGGCAGUCUAGUUCCUGGUUCUGAGAGUUCUGUUGUCUCCCAUGGAGAACUAGAAGGUCUGAGGUGGCACCCGGUUAUACAGAGGUUUGGGGUAGCGACGCGCGGCCUCACAGCCUACACGCUGACCCUGGAGGAGAGAAUCAAGAAGCACUUCCCUGUGAAAGGAAUGCCAGGCAGUGAGGACUGUGUGUGUACACUCUGUGAUGACAUCAUCACAGACAGCAGCCCUCUCUACGGACUGGACUGUGAGAUGUGUGUGACAGAAAGGGGUUAUGAGCUGGCUCGCGUGUCUCUGGUGGACAGUAGAGGGCGCUGUUUGAUGGACCAGCUGGUUAAACCUGAGAACCGCAUCCUCAACUACCUCACCAGGUUCUCAGGUAUUACCCGGGCAAUGUUGCAGCCAAUCACCACUACCCUGAGGGACGUCCAAUCAAAACUCAAGGAACUGUUGCCGCGGGACGCCGUCUUGGUUGGCCACUCCCUCGACAACGACCUGAGGGCUCUGAAGCUCAUCCACCCUCAUGUGAUUGACACCUCUCUGCUCUACAAGAGGGAGUUUGGACAGAGGUUCAAACUGAAGGUCCUGGCUGAGGCCGUCCUGCAGAAGCAGAUCCAGACGGAGGAGGUCAAAGGUCAUGACCCCAGGGAGGACGCCCAGGCUGCCCUGGAGCUGGCCCAGUACUUCAUCACCACUGGACCCAGACAGGUUGUGCAGCAGCAUGUGGGUGAUCUUUGGGGAGACAAUCAGAGCUUGCCAGAGUCUUCUGUCAGACACACACACACAGAGGACUACAGGUUUUCUGAGGUUCUGCAGAGAUCUGGCCAAUCAGCAGUGUUUAUAGGGCACCGUGCUGACAUCCCCCUGGCGCUGUCCAAUCAGCAGUGGCAUAGCUCCGACCAAGAGGUGCUGUCGUCAUUCAGGAGGAGGAUAGAGGAGGACCCUCCCUCGCUCAGUGUGGUCCAGUUCUCCGACUCCAGACUCCUGCUCUCUCAACACACAGUGUGUGUGCGUCUGAGAGAGAUGUGUGUGGUGUUUGCUGGGCCACUGCCCCCAGCCUAUACAGAGAGGGAGGUGAAGAAACUGUUCAGGAGCUGUGGAACCAUCCGAAACGUCAGGAUGCUGAACACCCAGACGCUGCAUGCUGAGGUGGAGUUUGAGCUGCUGGAGGGAGCCCAGCUAGCCGUGGAGACGCUAAACGGACUCCUGCUACAGGAAGCACCCUGCAAGGUCCAGCGGCCCAUCAAGGAAUCCAUGCUGGAUCUGGACGUCUUCCUCGCCGCUCUGCGUGACGACCCCCUCAACACUAACCUCAUCUACGCCGCCGGGCUAAAGGCUAGCGUUAACCACACCCGGGUCCCAGCAAAAGUCAAUGGAAAUAUGCUACAUGCCAAAUGUCCAGAGCACCCAGUCAAACACGAUGUGCUAGGCGCUAACGGAGAUGAGCUACAUGCUAGCUCCUCAGAGCCCUGUGAAAACGACCUGAGAUACAAUCUGAGAGACGCCUUUGGGCGGUUCGGAACCAUCGAAGGCAUCAUCAUGCCCACAAAGACCUCUGGGAAACGAAGAAGGCAUGCUUUCAUAAAGUAUCAGAGUUGUGGCAGUGUGAAGGCAGCCCUCAGCUCACCUGUGGAACUCUGGGACAGGAAGUCAUCCACCUGCCUGGCCCUGACCCCGCCCCACCUGCCCUCCUGGGUAUCCAUGGAGACGACCCCCCUUGGCUACCCGCCCGGCAACCAGGACCAAGAAGUGGAGCACGCUAUGAGGAAAUUGGACGGGCGUGUCCGGAAGCUGUUCAAAUCCCUCCCAGACCACACCCUCAGCAUCGUCCUGUUGCCCGGGGUUACCAGACCCCACGGCAACCUCCCUGGACUCUGCUUCCUGGAGGUCAAACAGGCUACGCCUCCACACCCUAACCAGUUGCCUGAACAUGCGUGUGUUUAGCAUGUAGACUGGGGAUCCAACUCAUCAACUCUGGACCACAGAACAAUGGUGUGGAAGGUUAUAGAACAUGAUUGUUGUAACAAAACUAGAACCAUGUUUAAGUGUUGUAGAAAAUGGACCUGUGCUGGAACAGUGUUCCCUGGUCUAGAACUGGCCUGACCACUUUCUGCUGGUGCCUUCUGAUCAUGUCUGCUUUAUUAAUAAAAGCUGA